GUCCACAACCAGAAAAACAAAACCAAAAGGGAAUAUGAUAGGAUAGAAGCCAGUUUCUGCUGUGUGUAGCAAUGGCAUGGUCACUCACACUGCCACCACCUCCUUCCCUUUCUUCUUCUUCUCUUCCCACCUUCCAUCACCACCCCUCUGUCUUUUGCACUGGAGUAGCGUUCACCAGGCUCCGCCAUCGCCGAACCUCGAACACCAUUUUCCUUGUUCCCUCUGUUGGGAAGGAAGACACUGACCUCCGUGUCUCUUCUCUUCAGGAACAGCAACUCGACGACGGCGACGACGACAACGAUGAAGAACCAACCCCCCAGGACCUUGAAUACGUUGCCCAAAUCAAAAGAGUUUUGGAGCUUCUCAGGAAAAACCGGGACAUGAUCUUCGGCGAGGUCAAAUUAACCAUAAUGAUUGAGGACCCCAGAGAAGUUGAGAGAAGAAGAUUACUUGGUAUUGAAGACUUAGAUGGCCCAACAAGAGAAGAUCUAGUUGAUGCUUUGGAUGAAAUCAAUGAAGGAAAAAUUCCGAAGGAUAGAGCUGCUCUCCAGAUGCUUGCUGAGGAAUUGGCUUCAUGGCCUAAUCUAGAGGAUGCUUUGCCUAAGAAAAAGCCCAGCAAAUCUCUCUAUGCCAAAGCCACUGACACUGGAAUUGAUCCUGAACUGGCUGCAAAGAAACUGAACAUUGAUUGGGAUUCUGCUGCUGAAAUUGAAGAGCAAAACGCAGACGAUGAGACAGAAGUGCCUCCAGUGGUGGGCUAUGGAGCACUAUACUUAGUUUCGGCUUUCCCUAUUAUUAUAGGUAUUUCAGUUGUUCUGAUCUUGUUUUACAAUUCCCUCCAGUAGGAACUUGCAUUCCACUGAAACUCAGCGUAUAAUGUUACACUAUAUUGAAAUGAGUUAGUAUAUUGUAAUGUUCGUCUAAAGUUUAUUAGUCUAUUUUACGUUAAAAUUCAUCCUUUUGAGGAAAGGUGUCCAUGAAAGAAAAGCCAGGCUUGUUGCAAAUUGAUA